AUGCAUCACAAAACGUGCAACGCUUUGGAUAUGAUUACCAACUGGUGCCAAGACAGUGGGAACAAGGGGAACAAGGGGAACAAGGAGAACAAGGGAAACAAGGGGAAUAAGGGGAAUAAGGGGAAUAAGGGGAACAAGGGGAACAAGGGGAACAAGGGGAACAAGGGGAAUAAGGGGAACAAGGGGAACAAGGGGAACAAGGGGAACAAGGGGAACAAGGGGAACAAGGGGAACAAGGGGAACAAGGGGAACAAGGGGAACAAGGGGAACAAGGGGAACAAGGGGAACAAGGGGAACAAGGGGAACAAGGGGAACAAGGGGAACAAGGGGAACAAGGGGAACAAGGGGAACAAGGGGAACAAGGGGAACAAGGGGAACAAGGGGAACAAGGGGAACAAGGGGAACAAGGGGAACAAGGGGAACAAGGGGAACAAGGGGAACAAGGGGAACAAGGGGAACAAGGGGAACAAGGGGAACAAGGGGAACAAGGGGAACAAGGGGAACAAGGGGAACAAGGGGAACAAGGGGAACAAGGGGAACAAGGGGAACAAGGGGAACAAGGGGAACAAGGGGAACAAGGGGAACAAGGGGAACAAGGGGAACAAGGGGAACAAGGGGAACAAGGGGAACAGGGAGAACAGGGGGAACAAGGAGAACAACGGGAACAAGGGAAAAGGGGAAAAAGGGAAAAGGAUUGAGGUUAAAUCAGUGAGCACACACUGUCAGAAGAACGGACUUGUAACGUUAAUGAAAUGCUUCGAAGACAUCAUUUAG